AUGUUCAAUGCAAAAGACUGCUCCGAAGCAGAGUGGGCACAAAUCUUCAGCACUCCAAACCUUUGGGAGGAAGUACACAACGAGUUCGGUUGCAUUCCAGAUUGGCUUAUCUCCAUACACCAGUGUAUCGAGCGCAAAGCACUCAUCAGGAGUCAACGCAGAUUUCGACCUGCAGAGAUUAAAGGUUGGAUUGUGGAAGACAACUACGACACUUACGGUAUCCGGACACAGAGGCGCAAACCUGCAGCCGAUUGGCAACCCGCCAGGAAGAUGGCAAUCUCUACUCCAGAGCAGCAUCAUCGCCACUCUAUCCAUCUGAUGAUGCGAGUUCUGUGCUUACGCAACAAUGUAUCCCCCUUCACUCUGGUCCUCGACGACCUUAACCAACGCGCUAUGCCCUUCGUCCACGAGAUGAUGCGCCGCGCCCUGUCACGCAACAUUCACGUCAUCGUGGUGUCCUUUGAGGCCACCGAGUACGAUCCCGCCAUUCAGAACAUCCCCGCCUAUGCUGCGACUAGCGGCAAACAGAUCAUGCAAGAUCUCCGCAACGCCUUAGAGCUGGCCAAAGAGAGCCUUGUCGUUGUAGACUCCCUUUCCGACCUUCUUGAGGUAGAGGGAAUUGACAUAGGCGAGCUAUUCAACCUUGUCGCAAACAAGUAUGCAUCGACACUGGUCGGAGUCUACCACCAGGACAUGCUUCCCACGCAGGAUGCGCAGAAUGCAUACGCUCCACAGCCGCUCGAGCUACUCAAGUACAUGGCCACAUCUGUCAUCGUCUGCAAGUCAUUUGCCCAUGUCCUCGCAGCAAAGGCCGCCAGAGAGCGCAGCCUUCCUGAGCCCACCUUUGGUCUCCUUCAAGGCGCUGAAGGUAUCGUCCAGUGUCUCGACGCCAACGACUACCAAGGCAUCGUACUCGAAGCUGAGUUUCGCCGAAAGUCAGGUCGCCCCGAGGGCGAGACUUACUUCCUUCGUGAGGCGCGCGCCACCGACUACAGCGCGCCCACUGCCGGCAUGGUUGUUGGUAAGCUGAAGGAGGAGUUUGUCACACUUCUUGAACUGGUUCCAGCGUAUGCCAGUAAGGAGGUGGUUGGCUUCGUCAAUGCCGCCGCUGACGACAUGGAAUCGACGUUCAACCUUGGUCUUACCGAGAAGCAGAAGCAGGCCCGUGAGGGUGUCGUGCUCCCGUACUUUGAUGCACAGAAGGGCGAGGGCGGCGAGGGAGGUCGCAUCUUGUACGACAUGGGUGAGGAGGAUGAUUUUGACGAGGAAGAGGAUGAGAUAUAA